AUGAUCGCCUCGCUCGCUCGCGUUCAGAGGGGUCGCUCCGCCUUCUCAGCCGCACACAAGGCUAUCGGUGCCAAGCGCACCCUCGCCACUCCAGCCGCCGACGGCCGCGUCCCCACCUUCCACCCGUCGCGAGUGCCACCCUACGCUGAGCUCCUCGCCACGCUCGAGGCUGUCCGCGCCCAGCUCAACCGCCCGCUCACGCUCUCCGAAAAGAUCCUCUACUCGCAUCUGCGCAAUCCGGACCAGGACCUCGCCGGCGUCGGCGCCGACGUCUCGGCCAUCCGAGGUAAAAAGUAUCUCAAGCUCAAGAUCGACCGUCUCGCCAUGCAGGACGCCUCGGCACAGAUGGCGCUGCUCCAGUUCAUGACGUGCGGUCUGCCGCGCACCGCCAUCCCGUCCAGCGUGCACUGCGACCACCUCAUCCAGGCCUACGAGGGCGCAGAGGCCGAUCUCAAGCGCUCCAUCGCCUCCAACCAGGAGGUGUUUGCCUUCCUCGAGUCCGCCUCCAAGAAGUACGGCAUCGAGUUCUGGGGCCCGGGAUCCGGCAUCAUUCACCAGAUCGUGCUUGAGAACUACGCCGCCCCCGGCCUCUUGAUGCUCGGCACCGAUUCGCACACUCCCAACGCUUCCGGCCUCGGCUGUCUCGCCAUCGGCGUUGGCGGCGCCGACGCCGUCGAUGCCAUGACAAACACGCCCUGGGAGCUCAUGGCUCCCAAGGUGCUCGGCGUCCACCUCAAGGGCGAGCUCAGCCCCUGGUGCACGCCCAAGGACGUCAUCCUCCACCUUGCCGGCAAGCUCACCGUGCGAGGCGGCACCGGCAAGAUCGUCGAGUACUCGGGUCCGGGCCUCCAAACCCUACCUGCAACCGGUCUCGCCACCAUGUCCAACAUGGGUGCCGAGGUCGGUGCUACCACCUCCGCCUUCCCCUUCACCCCGGCCAUGAGCUCGUACCUCGAGGCUACCGGUCGUGCCGAGGUCGCCCGUGCCGCCGAGCGCGCAGCCGGCCAGGGCUUCCUCUCCGCUGACGAGGGCGCAGAGUAUGACGAGCGCAUCGAGAUCAACCUCUCGGACCUCGAGCCUUGCCUCAACGGCCCCUUCACUCCCGAUCUCAGCACGCCCCUUUCCGAGUUUGUCAACAAGGCCAAGUCGGACCAGCGCGACCACCCAGUCGAGCUCAGCGCCGCGCUCAUCGGCAGCUGCACCAACUCGUCGUACGCCGACAUGGCGCGCUGCGCCUCCCUCGCACAGCAGGCGCGCGACCGCGGCAUGAAGGUCAAGUCGAGCUUCGACGUCACGCCCGGUUCCGAGCAGGUGCGCGCCACGGUCGAGCGUGAUGGCAUCCAGCAGGUGCUGACCGACGUCGGCGCGCGUGUGCUCGCCAACGCCUGUGGACCAUGCAUCGGUCAGUGGAACCGCAAGGAGCUGCAGGGCGAGGACAACGUCAUCCUCACCUCGUUCAACCGCAACUUCCGCGGUCGCAACGACGGCAACUCCAAGACCUGGAACCUGCUCGCCUCGCCCGAGAUCGUCACCGCCAUGGCCUUUGCCGGACGUCUCGACUUCAACCCCAUGACCGACACCCUCACCGCGCCGGACGGCAAGCCGUUCAAGUUCGAGCCGCCCAAGAGCGACGUACUCCCCGCCAGCGGAUUCGCACAGGGUGACAUCGGAUACCUGCCCGCGCCCAUGCCCGAGCCCCAGCCCGACACCGAGGUGCUCAUCAGCCCCACCUCGGCGCGUCUCGAGCCGCUGCAGCCCUUCGACUCUCCCUUCGCCGCCACCGCCGCACAGGGCAAGUACGAGCUGCCCACCAUGCGCUGCCUGCUCAGGAUCAAGGGCAAGUGCACCACCGACCACAUCAGCGCCGCCGGUCCGUGGCUCAAGUACAAGGGCCACCUCUCCAACCUCGCCGAGAACACCCUUAUCGGCGCCACCAACGACGAGCUCGACGCCGUCAACGCCGCCACCGACUACGCCACCGGCAAGCAGGACACCAUCCCCGGCGUGGCCAAGCAGUACAAGUCGCGCCAGCAGCCCUGGAUGAUGGUCGCCGACCACAACUACGGCGAGGGCUCGGCGCGAGAGCACGCCGCACUCCAGCCGCGCUUCUACGGCUGCAACCUCAUUGUUGCGCGCAGCAUCGCGCGUAUCGCCGAGACCAACCUGCGCAAGCAGGGUGUGCUCACGCUCUUGUUCGAGAACGAGGACGACUACCUGCGCAUCGGCUCGGGCGACGUGGUGGAGACGGUCAACCUUACCGACCUCAUUCGUCCCGGCGGCGAUCUGGCGACGCAGGUCAAGCUGCGCGUCACCAAGUUCGAGCAGGACGGCACCACGGUCAAGGAGACGUUUGAGCUGCCUACCAAGCACUCGCUCUCGGCGGCGCAUCUCGACUGGAUUCGUGCCGGUUCGGCGCUCAACCUGAUCCGUGAGCAGGCGGCCGCUUCGUCGAGCUCCGCCGGUGGCGUUUCGGGUGCGUUUGCUGCGGCGGCAGGUGCGGCCAAGGCGGCCGCUAGCAAGGUGGCAUCGCUCGGUGGCGUGCGUGGCUACGCAACGGCGGCAGCGGGCAGGACGGGAGGCUCGCGCAACCCCAACGACCCCAACUACGUGCCCCCCGCGGCGGACCCUCGCACGGAUGCCAUCCGCAAGAUGGUCUACCCGCCCGCGGCUGCCAAGGUGGCCACGUCGGCUUCCGAAGUGCUGCCGUUCGGCGAGGCGUCGGAGGAGGUGCACAGCACCAUCACGCGUGCAUGGUUGCUCUUCCAGCGCACUCAGCGCGAGGAGCUCGCCGAGCGCCUCGACAAGAAGCACGCCCGUCUGCGCGAGGCACUGCUGGACCUGCGUGCUACCGAACCGCGUCUUUAUGCCGCCGCUACAUACCGCGUGGCGCCCAACAAAAGGUCGCCGCGCGAGCACCGCAAGCUCGUUGAGCUCGGCCUGGUGACGCUGCCCGGUGCGCAGCCCAAGACGGAUGCGCCGACGGGUGCCGAGGCCAGGAGACUGGUCAAGGCGGUGGCCGGAGGCGCCAGGUUGGAGGGCUUGUUCCCGCGCGAGAUGCGCGUGCCCACCAACUCGCCCCCGCGCAAGGUCUGGCCCGACCACGAACCGUCCACUCUUUAG